AUGGUGUUUUCCAUGAUAAUCAGCGGGCUCAAGGAGGGCAAAUUCCUGUUUUCGAUCAAGAAGAACCCACCAUCAACUCUUAGUGAGCUUAUUAGCCGCACAUGGAGGUACACUGAUGCUGAGGAGUUCUUUAGCUUGCGCAAGAGUAAUCAGACCCUCGAGUCCUCGUCUAAGGGUAAGAGGCGAAGGGACAAAGCAUUGCAGCAAGCAAACAAGAAGAGGUCGGACGACAAUACCUCCCGGGACAGAAGACCAAGCCAGAAGCCUAAGAGGAAGGACAAAUGCAAGUACUGCCGCUUCUAUCGUGACCACGGCCACAAUACCAACAACUGCGUCAACCUGAAAGAUGAAAUCGAGACUAUCAUCCGCAAGGGUCAUCUACAGCAGUAUACGAAAGAAGAAAGACAAGCAUGGAAAGACAAUCAGCUUCACCGGGCUGAUAAAGAAGUCACAAAGAUCCGGAUGAUCUAUGGUGGCCCAUCCGGUGGCAGAGAUUCAAACCGAGCUCGCAAGGCUCACUCCAAGAGCACCGAUCCCGAGCACUACAUCCAUUUGGCCAAAAGACCGAAGAAAGAGCUCAGAGUAAACCCUUGCAGCCUCACAUUUAUGGAGGACGAUGCGCGGGGAAUCCAACAUCCCCAUGAUGAUGCCUUAGUUGUGACGAUGACGAUAGUCAAUCACAAGGUCUACCAUAUCCUGGUUGACACAGGAAGCUCGACCUAUAUAAUCCACUCCGAGGCAUUCGAUAAGAUUGGGAUCGACAGGUCGUACCUCCAACCCGUGAAGACUCCGUUGCAUGGCUUCGAUGGAGAUAAGGUGAUCUCCGAAGGCGCUAUCUCCCUCCCAGUUACAGCAGGAGAGGGACGAAAUCAAGUAACUCUUCUAGUAAACUUCCUGAUAGUGAAUAUGUCAUCGGUGCAUAACAUCAUAUUGGGUUGGCCGUCUCUUAACGUGAUGAGGGCGGUCGUGUCCACCUAUCAUUUGAUGAUAAAGUUCCCCACGGAAGGAGGGGUCGAAUACAUCCAAGGAGACCAGCAUCAGGUGCGAAGGUGCUACUUGGGAGCAGUAAGGAAGGGCUUGGAAAAGUAA